AUGGCGCACGCCGCGUUUGUGAGCUCCACCAAGGAGCAGCUUGCGGACAACCUGCCCAAGCGCUUCAAGGGCAUCAAGUUUGGCAUCCAAUCCAACCAGGACAUUGUCAACCAAGGUGUGCUGGAAGUUUCCCAGCGCAUGCUCUAUGAUAUCGACAACAACAGAUCUCCGCUCAUCAAUGGAGCUCUCGAUCUGCGAAUGGGAACCUCGAGCAAGUCCGGCAAAUGCGGCACCUGUCAAGAGCCCCUCAAGUUUUGUAUCGGUCACUUUGGCCACGUCCGACUGGCUCUCCCUGCUUUCCACAUCGGCUAUCUUCGCUUUAUCCAGACAAUUCUCCAGAAUGUGUGCAAAACCUGUGCCAAAGUUCUCCUCACCGAAGAGGAGCGACGGUCUUUUCUACAAGACCUGCGACGACCGGGACUUGACAACAUUCGCCGAACUCAGAUUUGCAAAAAGAUCAACGAGCAGUGCAGGAAAUGUAGGCAGUGUCCGUACUGCGGCGAAAUCAACGGCCAGAUCCGAAAGGUCGGAGUCCUCAAGCUCACGCACGACAAGUUCUCCGCGUACAAGAAGUCGACCUCUCAAAAGAAGAUGCCCCCGGAAAGCAAACUUGCCUUUGAUGCUUCGUUUGACGAGGCCAAGAAGCUGAACCCCGAUUUAGAUAAGCAUUUGGUGAGGGCCAUGGAGGAUCUGAACCCUCUUUGGGUUCUCAACCAUUUCAAGAUGAUCACCCCCACAGACUGUGAGCUUCUUGGACUUGACCCUUCAGAGGGUCGCCCCGAGAUGUUCAUCUGGCAAUUUGUUCCCGCUCCUCCCGUGUGUAUCCGACCAUCAGUUGCACAAGAAGGGGCCAGUACAGAAGAUGAUCUUACUGCAAAGCUGGCCGAGAUUGUCUACAUAAGCGGACUGAUCCGGACAGCCUUGAACAAAGGAAAACCAAUGCAGACCAUCAUGGAGCAGUGGGAGUACCUUCAGUUGCAGAUUGCCAUGUAUGUCAACAGCGAUGUCCCCGGCCUUAACCAACCGGGCUUCGGGAAAAGCAUCAGGGGCUUCUGCCAGCGUCUCAAGGGUAAGCAGGGACGAUUCAGAGGAAACCUGUCCGGAAAGCGAGUCGACUUUUCCGGCCGAACCGUCAUUUCACCCGAUCCCAACUUGGGCAUCAAUCAAGUAGCGGUGCCUCAGCUUGUGGCCAAAAAUUUGACGUUCCCUGAACGAGUCCAAAACCAAAACCUGGAGAAGCUACGACAGUGUAUAUUGAAUGGGCCAAAGGUCUGGCCCGGAGCCAACCAUGUCAUCAAAGACAACGGAAACUGGAAGCAAGACCUGCAAUUUGGUGACAGGGCUCUUGUUGCACGAGACCUGCGGAUCGGCGAUGUCGUCGAGCGUCAUCUCGAAGAUGGAGACGUGGUUCUCUUUAACCGACAGCCGUCACUGCACAAGCUCAGUAUCAUGAGCCAUCUUGCAAAGAUUAGGCCAUGGAGAACUUUCCGUCUAAAUGAAUGUGUGUGCGGACCUUACAACGCCGAUUUCGACGGUGAUGAGAUGAACCUCCACGUUCCGCAGUCCGAAGAAGCUCGUGCCGAAGCAAUUACCCUCAUGGGUGUCAAGAACAAUUUGGCUACGCCCAAGAACGGAGAGCCCAUUAUUGCAGCCACCCAGGAUUUCAUUACCGCGUCCUAUCUUCUCAGCAGCAAGGACAGGUUUUAUAACAGAAAGGCUUUCUCUUACAUCUGCACUCACAUGAUGGAUGGUAAUACUCAAAUUGACCUUCCUCCGCCGUCAAUCAUCAAGCCUGAAGCCCUCUGGACAGGCAAGCAAAUCUUCAACGUGCUUAUGCGCCCGAACAAGCAGUCGCCCGUCCUCGUCAACUUGGAUGCAAGAUGCAGAGAAUACUCAGCUAGACCUGGGCAAUGUCCUGAUAUGGAUCCAAACGACGCUUGGCUAGUCAUCCGAAACUCUGAGGUCAUGUGUGGUCGCAUGGACAAGUCUAUCAUUGGCUCUGGCAAGAAGAAUUCAGUGUUUUACAUUAUCCUCCGAGAUUUCGGUCCCGAUCAUGCCGUCAUGGCCAUGAACAGGCUGACCAAGCUGUGCGCGAGACAGCUAGGAAAUCAGGGCUUUUCGCUCGGCGUUGGUGAUGUCUUUCCCAUAACCCAGUUGACCAAGUCCAGAGACAGGCUUGUGCAGGACGCCUACGACAAGAGUGACGCGCUGAUCGAGACCUUCAAGCAGGGCAAGCUUGAGAAGGCUGCCGGAUGUGACAUGGAGCAGACCUUGGAGAUUUCCAUUUCUGGUAUCCUCAGUAAGGUUCGACAGCAAGCUGGUCAACAGUGUGUGGAUACACUGAGCCGCAACAAUGCUCCGCUGAUCAUGGCCAACUCCGGUUCCAAGGGUCUGCACAUCAACGUCGCCCAGAUGGUUGCCUGUGUCGGACAGCAGAUUAUUGGUGGUCAGCGUGUUCCUGAUGGUUUCCAGGACCGUAGUUUGCCUCAUUUCCAUAAGAACGCUCGCCAGCCAGCAUCCAAGGGUUUCGUGCGCAACAGUUUCUAUUCUGGGCUGUUCCCAACAGAGUUCUUUUUCCACGCCAUCUCCGGACGAGAAGGUCUUAUUGAUACCGCAGUCAAAACGGCAGAAACAGGAUACAUGUCAAGACGUCUGAUGAAGUCCCUAGAGGAUCUUUCGACGCAAUAUGACAACACUGUCAGGACGUCGUCAGGAACCAUUGUGCAAUUCCAGUUCGGUGCCGAUAAGCUCGACCCUGUCGACAUGGAGGGUUCUGCAGUGCCUGUCGCGUUUGACCGCACAUGGACUCACGCGGAGAGCACUACCUGGGACAACAACGAGAGAUCGUUGCUUCCUCACGAAAGACGCCGCUUGGUGGAUAACGCGCUGCUCGACUAUUCCGAUCCUACCGACGAAGCUCUCGACGAGCACGAAAGCGCGCGAGGCUUUAUUGACACAAUCUAUUCAUACGUCUCCGAUCGAGCACAAAAAAUGUCCAAGGCCCGCGCACUUGUUGGGUUGGAUCCUAACCCGAGCCAAGACGAGGUGGUUGCGGACGCAUCAGCAGAUCUCAAGGCUCAGCUGGCUCGUGUUGACCGAGUUUCUAAAGUCUCCAUGACGACGCUGCAGAGGUUUGUCAAGGAGUGCCUGGAGAGAUAUCACAAGGCCCACGUCGAGCCCGGCCAUGCUGUGGGUGCUGUCGGAGCACAGUCCAUUGGUGAGCCGGGAACACAGAUGACGCUCAAGACUUUCCAUUUCGCAGGUGUCGCCGGUAUGAGUAUCACUCAGGGUGUUCCCCGAAUCAAGGAAAUUAUCAACGCGUCCAAGAAUAUCAGUACGCCUGUCAUUACCUGCCCUCUGUUGAACGACAAGCAGAUUGAGGCUGCAAAAAUCGUAAAGGGACGAAUCGAGAAGACGUACGUCAUUGAUGUCCUAAAAGCGAUUGAAGAUGAAUGGGUCAGUGACCGAGGUACUAUUGUUUUGUACAUUGACAUGGAGGCACUGCAAAACAUGCACCUUGGCAUUGGUGUCAUAGACAUUGCGGAAGCCAUUCUCAAAUUCAAGAAGCUCAAGAUCCAGCCGACAGACAUUUCCGUCGGCCCCAACUAUAUCAAGAUCUACGUCCUCAACAGCUGGGUCGAUCCCGACGCAGCCAAGAAGCGACAGCGCAGUCUUGCCUCUCUUACCUUGACGGAAGAAGCCCCUGAUUUCCUCUUGCGGGUCAACCACCUCCGCCGCAUGCUUCCCAAGGUUCCCAUCUCGGGCUACAACGAGGCAACGAGAGCCAUCAUCCAGACCUCUGAGCAGAGCGAACACACCGUUCUGGUCGAGGGAUACGGAUUGCGCGCAUGCAUGACCACGGAAGGUGUGAUUGGCACCAAGUCACGCUCCAACUCCGUCAUGGAAGCUCGUGACGUGCUCGGCAUUGAGGCUGCUCGAACCACCAUUGUCGACGAGAUUUCCAGCGUCAUGGCUGGUAUGGACAUUGACCCGCGUCAUAUCCAGCUGCUGGCCGAUGUCAUGACGUUCAAGGGAGAGGUCCUUGGCAUCACCCGUUUCGGUCUCUCCAAGAUGCGAGAGAGCGUCCUCCAGCUGGCCUCGUUUGAAAAGACGCCGGACCAUUUGUUUGAGGCUGCCGCUGGUAUGAAGACUGACCGCAUCGAGGGCGUGUCUGAGUGUAUCAUCAUGGGACAGACGAUGAGUGUCGGCACAGGUUCGUUCCAGGUUGUCAGGAGGCUCAACAUUCAAGAGUGGGAGGUCAAGCCGAAGAAGACGCUCUUCGAGGAUGCCUGGGCGGAGACGGUUAAGGCAAAGAAGGAGAGGAGAAAGCUAAAGGGCAUUUAA